AUAGAGGCGCCUUGUGGAGGGGGCGGGGCGUGCUCAGAGGAACGCGGCUACUGCACUAGGAGAGAAGACGCGGGAAGCGCUGCACAGGCAGAUUAAAAAAUGGAUUACGUAAUUUGCCCGUAUAAUGCUGAGCACAAAGUCCAUGGGACUGAGCUGAGGAUGCACCUUCUGACCUGUCAGAGCAAUAGUGUAAUAGAAAAGCCUGCAUGUCCUCAGCCGGUGACCAAAAAGAAGGCAAAAUGGGUAGCGCUUUCGCUAAAAAUGCAAGAGGAAGAGUACCAAAGGAAGGUGGAACAAGAUGAACAAGUGUAUGGCCCACAGCAUCCUGAUAGACUUCUGCAAUGCCCAUAUGAUUCCAACCACCAAAUAAGAGCUUGUCGUUAUCCUUAUCACCUGAUAAAGUGUAGGAAGAAUCACCUUGAACUUGCAAAUCAGUUUGUUGCCUGCCCUUUUAAUGCUCGUCAUAUGGUACCUAGAGGAGAACUGAGUUUCCAUAUUUCUAGAUGUGAUGACAAAAGUGGCAUUGAAAAAGAAAUUGUUGAUGAAAAGAGCACGUACAAAAGAGAUGUGAGCCCGAGUCGAUGGAAUGCCCCUCCCUGUAAUGAAGACUGGGAUAAUGAUUUGCAGGAUGAGAGGGCUACUUUUGUUUGGGGCACACCUUCCUACCAAGGACCUAGCACUGGAACUCUGAUGGAUCCUAAAAACAGUCUUGGUUCUACACUACGUGCUCCUAAAUCUCUGCCCUAUGUCCUCCCAUGGAAAAUGAAUAACAGGGCUUGAUUCAGUAUUGUAUCCAUGUACCUCUGGGAAGGUUGAUGUUGCACUUUGAGUUAAGAUUCAAGUUUCUUUAAAAUCUGUUGUGGCUUCGGUUUAGAGAAUUUUUUCAAGACCACAUCAAAUGGAUGGAGCGAAGCAAUACCAAGAUCAAGGCAAAAGCAGUCAUGUAUACUUAAUAUUUUCCCAGUUUUAAAGCUGUCAGUUGUAUGCAAGCAUAAUGUGAUUUAAUUUACAUUUCUUCAAGAACAUGAUUUACAGGAAGUUAGAUUGCCUGUAUACCAUGAGCAAAACAUUUAUGUUUGGGAUUUACCAUUUCUGUUCAACAUGUUUGUAAGCCAGUGUGAAGCUCCAACACCUCUAAAAUGUUAGCACUUAGACUGGGCCCGGUUGCAGUCUGUAGCUGUGAUUUGAUGAUGGCACUAGAGAAACAUCUGUUUUACCUCUGAGGAAACUUACAUUUUGUACAUUGAUUUUUGUUUAAUACUUGCACACAUUAGUAAAAGUUCCCUGAAUUACUAAUGUUGAAGAUUUAUGCAGUAACAUAUUGUCCAGCAGUAUUCAACAUCUAAUCCAGUCUAUAGUGCUUGAAGUAUCUUGUCUUAAGUAAUUGGAAAAAUAAUUAAAGGUUUUUCUGUUCUGUUCUACAA